ACGGGCGCACUGCUGCUGGUACAAGUGGUCCAGUCUUUAAACACAAAUGGAGUUUUUCUUUAACUCACCGUUGAAAUUCAUACUCUGGGCAGUAUGGCUUUCAACUGUCCUGGAUCCAUGCAAACUGAAAGAGAUUUGUGCAUCGUGCCACCAACAUGCAAAUUGUGGAAAUAAAAAUGGCUCUAAUGAUGCGUGCUUCUGCAAAGAUGGCUAUAUGGGAGAUGGAAUUAAUUUCUGCGAUGAUUAUGAUGAGUGUCUAAAUGCCACUCAAAUAUGUGGGGAGAAUGCAGGAUGCCACAACACAGAAGGAAGCUAUUACUGCACCUGUAAAUCUGGAUAUUUAUCAACCGGAAGCCAGCAGUUUCAAACCAACGACGGCACCCACUGCAAGGAUAUCGAUGAGUGUGAGGACAAAAAAAAAUGUGGGCCUUUCUCCAAAUGUCACAAUACAAAUGGUUCUUUCUCCUGCUCAUGCCAAAGAGGUUAUGCAGUAUCAUCAGGAAUCACCAGGUUUCAACCAAAUAGCAGUACUGAAUGCAAAGAGGACCCAAAAAAGGAGUGUCAUCAAGACAGAAGAUGUGUUUCUGAGACUGUUACCAACACAGUGAAAAACAUCAUUAACCUGCCAGAUCCAAAGCAGCAAAUGGAGGAGAUAAGAAAGCAAACAUCAGGCGACCUUGUUCCAGUUGCUGUCAUCUCUUACAUCGAAGCCAUGGCGGCCUCCACCUUACGUUUUGUAAAUGAAUCUAACAAAGACAGUGCCAUAAACACAACUAUAAGGGGUUUAGUGGAAAGCGUGAAUAAUCUCGUGGAGAAGGAGGAAACGACGGCGUGGACUGGAAUGAAGGAGGAUAUGAAGGAGUACUGCAUCACUAAGCUGCUCCACACAGCAGAGCAGGGUGUGCUGGUGCUGUCCCAGGCUUACAAACACACAGCUGAGCUGAAGGUCGGCACAGGCAACGUAGAACUGAAACUCUACAAAUUUGAGCCUCACCACCAACAGAAGUCUAGCAUCUCAGCUUCCAUAGGAGGAGAUUCCAUAUCACUGAGUUCAAAGUCUAUUAAGGAGGAAAAUAAAAAUGGGAGCGUCUCUGUCAUAUUCCUGCGAUACGACAGCAUCGGCUAUCUACUUAAACCCACAUCUGACCCCGGAGUGACAGACUAUAGUCGCUAUGCCGCAGCAGGGGAGAUCACAGUGCAUUCUCCCGUAAUAGCAGCCGCUGUGACUCCGCCCACUGUUUUCCCUUUGGACCAUGUGACCUUCACACUGAAACACAGCAAGCCCAUAGAACCUGACAGCGAUGAGACAAAAUGUGCCUUCUGGGAUUACUCACCGGCCAGAAUGAAGGGCCGGUGGUCCAUUGAAGGUUGCGAGCGCUCUCACGUCAACAAGACGCACACGGUCUGCACUUGCAGUCACCUCACACACUUCGCCAUUCUCAUGUCUUCGGGCCGUGCCAACCUCGCCGCCCACUACAGCGUGCUGAGCCGCAUCACGCAGCUGGGCAUGGUGAUCUCUAUCAUCUGCCUGUUCAUGUGCAUCUUCACCUUCUGGUUCUUCAGCGAGAUCCAAAGCACCAGGACAACCAUCCACAAGAACCUGUGCUGCAGCCUCUUCAUGGCUGAGUUCAUCUUCCUGAUUGGAAUAAACAUGUACACACACAAGUUGUUUUGCUCCAUCGUUGCUGGUUUGCUGCAUUACUUCUUCCUGGCUUCCUUUGCGUGGAUGUGUAUCGAGGGCAUACACCUGUACCUGAUUGUUGUGGGAGUCAUAUACAACAAAGGCUUCCUUCAUCGCAAUUUUUACAUAUUCGGAUAUGGAAGCCCCGCAGUGGUUGUUGCAAUCUCAGUAACUCUUGGUUAUAAAUACUAUGGUACAAAUAAUGUGUGUUGGCUGAGUACAGAAAAGAAUUUCAUCUGGAGUUUCAUUGGACCUGCAUGUCUGAUUAUUCUGGUUAAUUUGCUGGCAUUUGCAGUUAUCAUCUAUAAAGUCUAUCGUCAUACAGCAGUAAAGAAGCCUGAAAUCAGUCACUAUGAAAACAUCAGGUCUUGUGCGAGGGGAGCCCUGGCUCUCCUGUUUGUUCUCGGGGCCACAUGGACAUUCGGUGUGAUACACAUCCUCAAUGAGACCACGCUCACCGCCUAUCUUUUCACUUUUGCUAACGCCUUCCAGGGAAUGUUCAUCUUCAUCUUCCUCUGCGUUUUGUCUAGAAAGGUUCAAGAAGAGUACUACAGGCUGUUCAAGAAUGUUCCGUGCUGUUUUGAAUGCCUGAGAUGAGGUCGGAACCUCAGACCCUCCUUCACCAGCACAGCAGCUGAAAAUGAGUUAUCAGUCAUAAAUGUACACACAGUGUAAAUAGGAACAUUUAGGUUAUUACUGAACAAAAGGAACAUGUUGCAAAACCAAGAACUUAAUGUUGCAAAUACAAGCCCCAAGAGAUUUAUUUUUAGAAGGGGAAAAAAGACCAUUUACUGUAUUCAGUUAGAAUGAUCCCUUAUAAAACUGUACACAUAAGAGAGAAAAUGUAUUAAUUCCAGAAAUCCUACAGAUAGAUAAGUAGCUCUUUUUUGCUGGUCACCUGCGUGGUUCACAGAGUACGUAACCUAAGAAAUACCACCAGGUGAAGAAGCAAAAGUCCAGAAGUGUAAGAUUAAUACUAAUAUAAUAAUACAAAACCGGCUUGAUAAGAGUCUGCGCAAAGUGACUGCAGAAUUAGUCAUGGGUAUUUUUCUUCUGACUUCAUCUCUAUGAAACCCAACACGCUUUCUCAAUAUAAUUCCUAUGAAUUUUUUGUGAAAGGAUGGGCUGAGGACCCAUAUUAAAUGAUCAGAGCGUGCAUAAUAAUUACUAUUCACUGCAAACACUCAUGGAAAUGUUUAACUGCACAUUUUGAGAAAACAUACAUUUUCUCCUUUAAUACCCUAACCUACAAAAUACUUAUUCACAGUAACCAAAGAACUUGUAAUCAGUUACUUUUCAAAACAACAUUUAGUUUUCAGAGCAUGUAAAGUUGUUACAUCUAAACUGGUUUUAGAACCUGUAUUGUUUUCCUAUGUACAGUAUAAAUGACUGUCAGUGUUUUUAUUUUAUAGUUUUUAUCUUUUUCAUUUACGCUAGAGACAUUCAACAGUCAACAGCGCCUGAUGGCAUGAAUGUAGGUUAUGAAGCAUUAAAAUUCAAAUGUAUUAUAAAUGUAUUGUUUUACAAUGUUGGGGUAUAUACUAUUUGAAUAUAUACCAUGGUAUAUACCAUUAAUUGUAUAUAUUCAUGUGGUAUUUUAAUGGUAUAUACCAUUAAAAUAUAAGAGCAAGUCGAUUAAACUUUGAUAUUUUAUAUACAUAUACUUUUAAUUGCAAUUAGUUGUCACAAAGUUUGUAAUAUUAUUGGUAAUAUUCCAUCAGUGAUAUGUAAUAUGUAUUUUAAACAGCUAAUUGUGUGUGUCUUGUUUGUGGGAUCUUCAUAUAUCCAAUAUAUGUUCAUGUUUCUGUCAUGCAUCAUAAAAAGGGAUUCAGGCUAUUACGCAUCAGACAGUAUAACACAUCAUACUGCAAAUGUCAAACAGGUUCCUGGCUACAUCUGUGUUAAUACAGCAUUAUUUCACCAUUGUCAUGUACCCAA